AUGGCUGUUGGUAAUGAACCUAUCGCCAUCAUUGGCGCUGCCUGUCGAUUUCCUGGCGGUGCCUCCUCCCCAUCUAAGCUAUGGGAUCUAUUGCACCACCCUCGCGAUCUUUCUAGAAAGCCUCCCACAACUCGUUUCAAUGGGGAUGGCUUCUAUCAUCCCAACCCGGAGCACCAUACGACAACCAAUGUCACAAACUCUUAUUUCCUGGAGGAAGACCACCGACUGUUUGAUGCAACCUUUUUCAACACCACCCCGAAAGAGGCGGAGGCGAUCGACCCACAGCAGAGGCUUCUCCUGGAGACUGUGUAUGAGGCCAUGGAAUCUGCCGGUCUAACUCUGAAAGGAAUGGAAGGAAGCCAGACAUCCGUUUAUGUGGGACUGAUGUGCAAUGAUUUCCACGACAUUCAAGUCCGUGACCCUGACUACCUCCCACAAUAUAUUGCCACCGGCGCAUCUCGCGCGAUCAUCUCGAAUCGUGUGUCCUACUUCUAUGAUUGGAAGGGACCUUCCAUGACCAUCGACACGGCAUGUUCGUCCAGCUUGGUGGCGAUUCAUCAGGCCGUUCAAAGCCUCCGAUCCGGUGAGAGUACAACGGCAUGUGCAGCUGGUGCCAAUCUGCUUCUCAGUCCGGAAAACUAUCAGGCAGAGUCCAAUUUACACAUGCUUUCUCCCUCUGGAUGGUCCCAGAUGUGGGAUGCCAAGGCUGAUGGAUAUGCUCGCGGUGAAGGCAUUGCGGCUGUGUUUCUCAAGACCCUGUCCAGUGCGUUGGCUGAUGGAGAUCAUAUCGAGGGUAUCAUCCGGGAAACCGGCGUGAAUUCGGAUGGCCGUACACGAGGUAUUACCAUGCCGAGUAAUGAGGCUCAGCUGGCCUUGAUUCGUGCUACUUACGCAAAGGCUGGGUUGGACCCCCUCCGGCCGGACCAGAGAUGCCAGUACUUCGAGGCUCACGGCACCGGUACCCCUGCAGGUGACCCCCUGGAAGCAUCUGCCAUUAGUCGAGCAUUUUUCAAUGAGCAAAGUGUUGACCCAGGCAAGCUACUUGUCGGGUCUAUCAAGACCGUGGUUGGUCACACGGAGGGAGCCGCUGGAGUGGCUGGAGUGUUGAAAGCUAUGCUUGCCAUGCAAAAUGGCAUUGUUCCUCCCAAUCAACAUUUCGAGUCGCUUAACCCAGGUGUCAAGCCUUGGUACACGCACUUGGAGAUUCCAACAGCGCCACGCAAAUGGCCUACAACAGCAGAAGGCACUCCCCGACGAGCAAGCAUCAACUCCUUUGGCUUUGGCGGCACCAAUAGUCAUGUUAUUCUUGAGCAUUAUGACCCGGCUAUUCAUAGCCCAUCUAUUCAUGACAAGUCGGUGCAAGAGGGAGAGCUAACCGUGAGCGCGGCUGUCACCGAGCGUCCACUUUCGCUCCCAAUCGUCCUGUCUGCUCAUACCGAGCAAUCCCUCCUCGGUAUGAUCCAAGCAUAUUCAGAGUACUUGAAGACAAACGACUCGGUUGAUCUGAAGAGCCUUGCAUGGGCAUUGCUUGAACGUCGUAGCGUGUUCCCUGUCAGGAUUGCCUUUUCGCCCGGCUCCCAGAAGGAUGUUAUCGCGCAGAUGGACGCUGCCAUUGAACGUGGACGUGACGCCGGCACACGGCUGAAAAUCCUAGACCUUGAGGCUGGACCUCGUAUCCUGGGCGUUUUCACCGGCCAAGGUGCGCAAUGGGCCACCAUGGGCCGGGCCCUGAUUCUUCAUUCGCAGCUCUUCCGAAAGACAAUUGAGGACUUAGAACAACAUCUGUCCGAACUGCCACAUCCGCCUUCAUGGUCUUUGAAAAAGGAGAUCAUGGCGUCUCCGAAAACAUCUCGCCUGGAAGAAGCUGCCUUAUCUCAGCCGUUGUGCACGGCGGUGCAGGUUGCGACAGUGAAUCUCUUGCAUGCCGCUGGAGUCUCUUUUCAUACCGUAGUGGGCCACUCUUCCGGUGAGAUUGCGGCAGCCUACACCAGCGGGUGCAUAACGGCCCACGAAGCUAUUCGAAUCGCCUAUUAUCGUGGCUACUUUGCCAACCUUGCAAAGGGAUCGGAUGGUCAAAGGGGUGGAAUGCUGGCUGCCGGUCUUAGCUUUGAAGAGGCACGGAAAUUCUGUGAUCGCCCUGCCUUCAAAGGCCACAUCGUAGUAGCUGCGAGUAACUCGCCAUCCAGUGUCACACUGUCUGGAGAUCUUGAUGUCAUCCUGGCAGCCAAGACUGCUCUUGAUGCCGAUGGCAAGUUUGCUCGGGCACUGAAGGUGGACACCGCGUACCACAGUCCGCAUAUGCAGCCUUGCUCAGAGCCCUAUCUCGAAGCAUUGACUGCCGUCCCAAUCCAUUCACAGUCAUCCAAGCCCGGUUGUGCGUGGCUCUCGAGCGUCUACAGCGACAAUGGACGGCCCAGAAAAGAGGAGCUUUCAGGCACAUACUGGCGAGACAACAUGGCCAACCCGGUCCUCUUCUCUGAGGCUGUGCAGGCGGCUUAUGAAAGGCGUGGUCCUUUUGAUAUUUGCAUCGAGGUUGGACCCCAUGCUACGCUCAAAGGACCUGCAACGCAAACCAUCAAGGAAGUGUCUGGCAACGCACGGCCGUACCAAGGAGCGCUGCACCGGGGCAAGGACGAUGUGGUCUCGUUUGGCAGUCUUUUGGGAUUCUUGUGGACACAUCUUCCUGCAGGUGCCAUUGACUUCAAGGGCUUCGCAACAGCCAUGGGUGAAGAUGUCCCACAUCCUUUGCCCAUCCCGAGGAAUCUACCAUCCUAUCAGUGGGAGCACAACCAGGUCCAUUGGAGGGAGGGGCGCCUGUCCAAGCAAUACCGAGGCCGACCCCCAUUUCAUGAACUUCUGGGUACCAGGCUCCCUGGUGAUGUCGAACAUGCACCUCGCUGGCGCAAUAUUCUUCGAGGAGAUGAGGUGCCGUGGCUUCGCGAUCAUCGCUUCCAGGGCCAGAUCAUUGUUCCAGCCGCUGCUUACUGUGUGAUGGCAGUGAGCGCAGCGCAAUCACUCAGCAAGGGCCUUCCAGUUGAGACCAUCGAAAUCACUGAUCUGGAGAUCGAGAAUGCUAUCACCCUUCCAGAUGGUCCGCCUGGAGCGGAGGUACUCUUUACUCUCCAUCAAACUGAAUCUACGGAGGGGGCAGACAAGGGUGUCAUUCGUGCAGAAUACGCCUGCUUUUCAGGUCCCGCUGAUGGUUCGGGACCGAUCAAGAAAAUCUUUACAGGGAAGCUGUCUGUCUUUGUGGGCCGGUCACAGGACGCUGGUCUUCCAGCUAGGAGCAAGGUUCGUCCCAUUCUCUACCCCAUGGACGUCGAUGACUUCUAUGAACAAAUGACGAGCAUUGGUCUCAACUACACCGGAUCGUUCCGCGGUAUUCAAGCUGCGCAGCGCCGGCUUCACAAUUCUACCAUUCGUAUUGGCGCUCCCGGAGAGGACAGUGCUUCGUUCCUUAUCCACCCUAUCACGCUGGAUGUUUGUUUCCAGGCAAUAUUUGCCGCAUAUGCUUCACCAGAUGACGGAUCGCUUCGAACAUCAUUCCUUCCUCAGAAAUUUGGCCGCAUUGUCCUGGCUGUCCCUGAGUGUCAGUCCAAUAUCGACGCUCAGUCCAGUGUCACCGUCGACGCCGUUGUGACCAAUAUUGUGACCGCGAACACUUUCCAAAUGCCUGCCAUUAAUGGUGACCUUUACGUAUUUAAUGAAAAGUCUGGAAAGAUGCAAGUCUUGAUUGAGGAAUUGUUGGUCAGUUCUUUUGCUCCUGGCUCGGAAAGUGACGACCGUAAGCUAUUCCUCGAAGACCGUUGGAACCUGGACAUCCUGAGCGGUCUCAGUGCUGGUCGCAGCAGCCUUGAAAUCUCUGAGAAGCAGGCGCCCACGGACGCAAGCAAGCGCGUUGCUCAUUUCUACCUGAGAGAGCUAAGCAGGGAGGGCACAGUACCGCGUGUUAUCCCAGAAUAUAAAAACCUCCUUCGAUUUGCAAGCUCUCUCUCCUCUCAGAGCUUAGGUGGUAGUGCCUCUGAGAACUUGGCAUGGGCAAGCGAUACCGAGAAUGACAUCGCUGAUCUUGUCAGGCAAGAUCCCGAUAAUCAUGAUCUGAGAUUGAGCAAGGCGAUCGGAGAGAGACUCCCGGCUAUUGUGAGCGGCGAUGCGACUUUGGCGGACGACCAUAUUGCAGCGAUCUUUGACCAAGCCCUUGGAAAAGGAUCGACAUUAGAGCUGGGUUAUCGCCAACUUGGCUCAGUCGCCAAGCAGAUCGCUCACAAGCAUCCUCGGAUGUCUAUCUUGGAGAUCGGUGCGUACGCGGGACGGGUUACAGGGUCCAUUCUUCAGGAACUGGACGAUGCUUUCUCGAGCUACACUGUUGCCCAUACAUCUUCCGCCUCACCGGACUACUUGGCGGAUGUACACGGUGCUCUACCCAGUGGUAUUUUGACAAAGGACCUGAAUUUGAACGAUGACCUUGAAUCUCAAGGUUUCAAGGUUGGCUCGUUCGACCUUAUCAUUGCGGUCGGCCUAACACCUCUGCCUCUUCCCCUUCGUGAAUCCCUCUCGAGACUUCGCGGACUGUUGAAACCUGGUGGCUUCUCCGUAUUCUUUGAAUCAACUGGCACCGCAAUUCAGUACCCCUUCAUAAUGUCUAUCCUUCCACAUUGGUGGUCACUUGAAGAUGAAGACCGGUCUGAAGCGAGAACAGUGCCACUGGUCACCUGGGAUCGAUUACUUCGCAAAACGGGCUAUUCUGGUAUUGAUGCGACUCUCAAUGACGGCCCAGAGCCUCAGACGUCUCUCAUUGUGUCCCAGGCCACAGACAAUGUUGUGAAAUCUUUGCGGAAGCCCCUCCAGUCUCGAAAAACGGUUGGAUCCUUCCCCGGGAAGCUAUUGAUCCUUGGCGGGAAGACCUUGGUGACGUCCCAACUGAUCAGUCAACUGGAACUGCUUCUCGAGUCUUGGUUUCAAACCAUCCUGGUCGUAGACUCCCUUGAACACUUGAAAGAGAAGACCUUGGUGGAUGUUACCGCUGUGUUGUCUCUGAAAGACAUCGACUCCCCUUUCAUCAAGGACUUCAACAAGAAGUCUUAUUCUAACCUCAAACUGCUGUUCGAGCGUGUACCCAGUGUUUUAUGGCUCCUGCAGGGACAUCGCCAAAGCAACCCCUAUCACGCCGCGUCACUCGGUCUUCUCCGUACUAUUGCGGCGGAGAUCCCACAGUUGCACCUUCAAUGUCUUGACGUUGAGCAGACUGAGAACCAGGAGCUGCAUCUCGCAGAAAGCAUCCUUCGCUUGGUGAUCAUCCAAACGAAGAAGAUUCGGAACGACAAAUCAAUCCUCUGGACUGCUGAGCAGGAACUCGUCCUUCAUCGGGGACUUUUCUGGCUCCCUCGGAUUGUGCCCGUGAGGGAGCUCAAUGAUCGUCUCAACUCCAUCAAAAGGCUCCUACAGAGAGAUGUUGAUUCGUCUUCCAUUCAGGUGAUACUUUCCAAGACAAUUUACGGCAGCGAAGCCGCCAGGUACACUGCUGUCCAGGGUCUCAAAAGGGACGCUUUCGUCUCUACUCCGAGCACGGACAGGUCGCUGCGCUUGAGUGAAAGUUCACUUGUCGCAGUUCGAGUCACAGAGGGAGUUUCUGUCUUCGUCGGACUUGGUCGGGAUCUGACGACUGACGCUGAGUACUUGGCCCUCCUUCCUCAGAAUGCCUCUCUGGUGACUGUUCCCACCUCGUGGACGCAACGCCUUCGAGAGGGUUUCGCUCCAAGCCUUUCAAUCGAGGCUGUCUUGAGAUACUUGGUGGCUCGGCGGGUGGUAGACUUGGCCUCCUCGUCAGGGUCUACGGUCGUGCAUGGACUGGACAGCUUACUUGCCUCCAUCGUUUGGGACAGAGCACAGACAAACGGAAAGCGCGUCGUUGUGGCCACUGACAGACCCAAUGACACCUCCCUGCCGGCGCACAUUCCUACGCUGUACCUUCAUCCUCAUGCGUCGAAGUUGAUGCUUCGAUCAAGUCUGCCUCGGGACACGAAAACGCUGAUCGACAUUUCUGUUGGGCAGAAGUUCCUUGGAAGGCUGAAGGAUAUCCUACCUCGCGACAGCGUGGUACUCACAUCAGAUGUCGUGUUCAGCGACCAUGCCUCCUCACACGGUGUGGACCAACCUGUGGGAUUAUGGCAAGAUUUCUUUGUGCAGGCCAUCGGUGACGCGAAUCAAGCCCUUUCACGAGUGCGACCAACCGAGCUACUACAAGCGGCGUCUGAUAGGUCUCCAUUGACAAUCAUUGACUGGACUGGUGACGAGCGACUACCCACCACCAUUCAGCCACUAGAUGCCUCUAAAUUGUUUUCUAGCACGAAGACCUACCUUCUUGUUGGGCUGACGGGUGAAUUAGGACAAUUCCUUUGCAGGUGGAUGAUAAACAAUGGUGCUCAUCACAUCGUUGUCUCCAGCAGGAAUCCUCAAAGAGGCACACGAUGGGAGGCCGAGCUUCGUUCCAUGGGGGCUGACCUGCACAUCGAGCCUUGUGAUGUUACGAGUAAACCGGAUGUUGUCCGGCUCGUCCAGAAACUGCGAAACACGUUGCCUCCAGUUGCUGGAGUGGUCAACGGAGCCAUGAUCAUGCAUGACCAGCCCUUCGCAGAUAUGGAUGAGGAGACCUUCCGCAAGGUGCUCCGGCCGAAGGUUGAUGGGUCUAAUAACCUUGACGAAGCGUUUUGGGAUGCCCCAUUGGAUUUCUUCAUAAUGACUUCCUCCACCGCAGCUGUCGUUGGAAAUCCUGGGCAAGCAAAUUAUGCCACAGCAAAUCAAUACAUGGUUGGUCUAGCCGCUCAGCGCAAAGCACGAGGCGUGGCUGGCUCGGUUGUCGACAUCGGAAUGAUCAUGGGAAUCGGCUACAUUCGCCGCAGCGAGGGGAAGGCAACCUAUGAACAUUUCCUCGGCAAGCAGAACUUGAUGCCAAUUUCUGAGCACGACAUUCGCGACAUAUUCAGCGAAGCCAUCCUCGGUGGCCACCCUGUCACAGGCGAACGAUCUCAAAUCAUGACCGGUCUGGCUAAAGUUGAUCUAUCUGAUAGCAGCAAGCGGCCAAAUGCGUCUCCUAAGACCAGACUCCGCCAAGCUGGCAAUGCUCAGGAUGCUUCACUAAUCCUGCAAGAAAUGUUUGCUGCUGAAUUGGCUGUAAUUCUGCAAUUGCCGCCCGACAAUGUCAAUAAGUCUAUCUCUUUGUUGGAAAUGGGGGCAGACUCGCUUGUAGCAGUUGAAAUUCGAUCCUGGUUCCUGCGAGAGGUUGGACAGGAUGUGCCCGUCCUGAAGCUGUUGGGCGGUGCGAGCGUUGUGGACUUAUGUGACGAGCUAGCAGUCGAAGUCCUUGCAGACAAUGCCGCUGGUGACGAUGAGCCCGUUCCCGAAAAGCAGGAAAGCGACUUGACUGUUGGACAGAAUCCACCGGAGAACGUUGGUCUUGCUGAGGACAAGGCACGCGUGGAAUCGAGUGCCUCAUCUGAUGAGGACUCGACACCCGGAGAUACUCAAGCACAACCGACCCCUGAUACAUCCGACAAUGAGUCUACCACUUUGAGCAAGCCAGUCUUGCCUCCAUGGCUGCGCAUCGACCCCAUGUCUUACGGACAAUCUCGAAUCUGGUUCCCUUCCAUUUACCUAGAGGACAAGACCACAUACAACUGCACAACCUCCUAUCGUCUCAACGGGAUAUUGGAUGUUGGCAGACUCGAGACGGCACUGCGACUAGUGACUCAGAGGCACGAAUCCUUCCGUACCUCAUUCCACACGGAUAGCUUCACCGGUGACGCCAAGCAGGUCAUUCUAAGAAGGAGCAACUUCAGGCUCCAAAUCCUGAACUCCACGAAUGAUAAGAGUGAUGUUGAACGAGAAUUCAACAAAAUGCACAGCCACGUCUAUGACCUUGAGCGUGGUGAUACCUUCCGUGUUGUUCUCCUGAGCCAUGCACCUGACUAUCACACGAUUGUCUUUGGAUAUCACCAUAUCAUGAUGGACGGAGUCAGUUGGCAACUCACGCUCCAAGACAUCGAACGAUGCUAUACCUCGCCGACGGUGAAACAUCCAAUCCCUUUGCAAUACUCGUUAUUCGCAGAGAAGCAGCGACAGGCUAUUGAGAAGGGUGUAUAUGCAAAGCAACUUCAGUACUGGAAGUCACAGUUCCGUGAUCUACCGAGUGCCCUCCCCUUGUUCAGCUUUGCAAAGACCAGUUCCCGCAAGGCGAUGACAAAAUACGAAACCAUCGAACUUGUGCGGCCUCUCGAGCCCGCAUUGACGAAUAAGGUGCGAGCAGCCAGCAAGAAAGCAAAGGUUACAACAUUGCAUUUCUAUCUCACUGCCUUCCAAGUGAUGCUUCAUCAUUUCCUCGGCGUUGAUGAUCAGUGCGUCGGUAUUGUGGAUGCAAACCGUACCAAUCCGGAUUUCAUGCAGACAAUCGGGUUCCUCUUGAAUAUGCUGCCAUUGCGUUUCAAGCUUCAGAAUGACCCAAGCUUUGAGGACAUGGUCCAACAGACUCGCACUUCUGUCUAUGCCGCACUUGGUAACUCAGACAUCCCAAUCGAUCUCAUUCUCGACGAACUGGACAUUCCCAGAUCGACCACCUUCCCCCCGCUGUUCCAGACAAUCUUCAAUUAUCGGAUGGGGGCCCUGAAGCAAAGUACUAUUGGUGAAGUCGGCCUUGAAUGGCAUGAUUACAAGGACGCACGGAAUCCUUAUGAUAUCACAGUCUCUGUCGAUGAGAAAGACGAUGGCACUGGCGGCUUCUUGUCAUUGGGUUUGUUGGACUACUUGUUUGACCGCGAAGGCGGGCAAUUGCUCAUCACGGCAUACGUCAACAUUCUCGAGCAAGCUACUCUGGAUCCCGGUAUGCGACUCAGUGACUAUGUUCUGUUCCCGGAAGGUGAAUCUUCCAAGGCCACGUCGUUGGGGCUUGGCAAAAAGAUUGAAACGACUUGGCCGGACACGCUGUCGAAGAGAAUCAAUCAACUGGUCGAGGCUCAGCCUGAUGAACCAGCCCUGAAAGACUCUUCCGGAAGCGCCCUGACCUACCGUGCCAUGGGUGACCGAGUAAACGCUAUCGCCGCUUCACUCAGUACCCUUCCUUCGGUGCGGGCUGGGUCGCAUAUUGGCGUUUGCUGCCACCCGUCGACAGAUUUGGUGUGCGCGCUUCUGGCAAUUCUACGUCUUGGUGCUGUCUACGUGCCUCUUGAUCCCAGUAUGCCUGUCGAGCGUUUAGCAUUGAUCUGUGAAGAGGCGCAGCUACAGGCUCUGGUCCACGACAAGGCAACUGCCAGUAUCGCGAAACAUCUCCGUCCACAGGAUAAAAACAUCGUCGACCUUACAUUCCUUCCAAGCCACACUGAAAAGACCGUUCCGGAUCUCAGCGAAGCCGCAUCAAACGCAUUCAUCAUGUUCACAAGCGGCUCAACUGGCAAACCCAAGGGUGUCCAGCUAACAAAUGCCAACUAUAUGUCCCAUGUGCUUGCCGCAUCCCAGCGAAUGGGUCUGCAAAAGGAGACGGUCCUGCAGCAGAGUUCAGUCAGCUUUGAUUUGUCGCUCGCUCAAAUAUUCUAUUGUCUUUCCAACGGAGGUACUCUCAUUGUGACCGACAGCCAAAGGGAUCCAGAGGCAUUGGCGGCGUUGAUCCAACGCGAAGGAGUGACCUUUACCUUCUGUGUGCCUUCUGAGUAUUCGAUUUUACUGCGAUAUGGCAAAGAGGCACUGGCAUCUUGCAAGUCCUGGCGCAUUGCGCUCUCAAGUGGCGAGGCAUUCCCAGUCAGCCUCAAGGAGAAGUUCCGUGAUCUCCAACUUAACACACUAACAGUCUUGAAUGCUUAUGGGCCAACUGAAGGAUCCAUCGUUGCUACCAUGUGUGAGGUAGACUACCAGGCUAUCAAUGAUGAAAGAGUUCCAAUUGGUAGCACGCUCGACAACUACGCCGUUUAUGUCGUCGAUGAUGCGGCAAAGCCAGUCCCAGUCGGCUUUCCCGGUGAACUUGUUCUCGGUGGGCCUGGGAUCAGCCCGGGAUACUGGCGCAAUCCAGAACUCACAAAGCAGAAGUUCAUACCAGACUCAAUCUCAGGCCCUGAAAAGGCGAUCGAUGGCUGGAAGACUCUUUAUCGUACGGGAGAUAAAGCACGCCUGCUUGAGGACGGAUCCCUGGUCUAUCAAGGCAGAAUUGAAGGAGACUUGCAGGUCAAACUCCGAGGAGUGCGCGUCGAACUGGAAGAAAUUGAAAAUGCGAUUCUCAACAGUGCCCACGGCAUACUGUCCGAUGCUGCAGUCGUCCUCAGGGGAGAAACGGAGAAGUUCCUGGCUGCGUUCGUUGUUUUCGCAGACGAUCGUGAACCCAAAGAUAACACAUCUGAAUACCUUCGAUCGUUGCGCUCGACGCUCCCUCUCCCCUUGUUCAUGAAGCCUGCCAUCAUCGAGAAUCUGGCUAAGCUUCCAAUCACAGCUUCGGGAAAGCUUGAUCGUCGCGCGCUAAACACUAUUCCUUUGGGAGACAUCCCUGGCGCCGGCUCCACUGAGAUAUUGACACCUACCGAACUCCAAUUGAGCGACAUUUGGCAGACACUUCUAGCAGAUGUCGGUGAAUCUCUAAAGAUUGAGAAAGCAUCUGACUUCUUCUCAGUUGGUGGUAAUUCGCUCCUCCUGCUCAAGAUGCAAGCUGAGAUCCGCGAUCGUCUUUCCAUCGAACUUUCCCUGCCCGAGCUCUUCCAGAACAACACACUCGAAGGCCUUGCUGCGCGUAUUGAUGCAGCCGGUACUGGCACUUACUCUCAGAUCGACUGGGAGGCUGAAACAGCUGUUUCCCCCGAAAUCAUAUCCGUCAAGCCUGUGUCGCGCCCAUCUAAGGCCGUUACUAAGACAAAGACUGUUCUUCUGACUGGUGCCACCGGGUUCCUCGGUCGUGCCUUGCGCCAGCAGCUGGUCGAUAGCCCGGAAAUUGGAAAGAUCGAGUGUCUGGCUGUGCGAAACCCCACCGCAGCCCGCGAGCAGUCGAAGAAGAUCUCGGUCCAUGCAGGCAAUCUCAACUUGCCUCUCCUGGGACUCUCCGAGAGCGAGGCAGACAGGCUCUUCGCAUCGGCUGAUAUUAUCAUCCACAAUGGCGCUGAUGUCUCCUUCAUGAAGACUUAUCACUCGCUUCGCAAGCCAAACGUGGAAUCCACCAAGGAGCUUGUUCGCCUUGCCGCCAAGUACCAGACGCCCUUCCAUUUCAUCUCCACGUCUGGAGUUGCCCAUCUCAGCGGGAAGGACUCGUAUCCCGAAAUUUCUGUCGCGGCAUACCAGCCCCCAACCGAUGGGUCUGACGGAUAUGUGGCAUCCAAGUGGGCCAGCGAGCGGUUCCUCGAACGCGUCGCCGCUCAGACUGGACUGCCUGUGUGGAUCCACCGACCGACGAGCGUGACAGGUGCUGACACCCCAACUAUGGACAUUGUGCACACCGUGCUGCGCUACUCCCGCCUCUUGAAGAGCGUGCCCGAGCUCCCGGGCUGGGGCGGAUACUUUGAUUUUGUACACGUGGAGUCCGUGGCUCGGACGGUCCUCGAAACUGCACUGGCAGGAGUCGCUGUCGACACCAAGGAGCCGGUAUAUGUCCACCACUGCGGAGAAACCGUCGUCCCCGUCCAGCAGGCUCGUGCUACGUGGAAGAAGAGGUUGGUGAGACUGUUACCGCACAAGUUGGUCGCAGCAUUCUUGAAGCUGUUUGCAGAUGGGACUGCUCACUCUCUUGUUUUGCCUCGGCUGGUCAAGGGUGGACCGGAGGCUUUGGAGGUUUGA